GUUAAUCGCUUAUUAGAUUUAGGCUGUGUUCUUCGGAACCAGAGAAACUUGAUUCUCUGAAUCAAAUGUUUAUCAUGUCAUUGUACAUCUAGGUACAUGACAAUUGGUAUCAUAUUUGUUUCGAUCUAUGGGGGAUUUGUUGUAUCGAGCUAGGGAGAAAUGUGCAGCCUAUCGCUAUUUACUUGAUGUGGAGAGAAAGUAUCAAGAUCUGCUUAACGAGGCACCUUCAUUUAGUCGAAAUUAUAAUCUUUGGGAACUAGAGUCUUAAAUCAACUUCACCAGGCUUAGGUGGAAUCAAUUAAAAUAACACCAUUAACAUUCAGUCAAGUUCAUCGAGUUGUGAAUACGGAAUCUACGAAGGAGGAGGUUUUCAUUGAGGAAUCAGUACCUGAAUUCAGUCAAGUUCUUACUUCAAUUUCUCUUCCUGAUGCUACUUCAGAUUCAACUUUAGUCUAUCCGUCUGAGGAAAUCAAAUCCAGUCCUACUGAUGUUGCUGACGAAGCUGAUUAUCUUGACUCGGAAUUCAUUCCUCCAUUUUUCUUUAUUGAAACUGAAGAAGAUAGUUCUCCGGACUUGGAGUUAAUUCCUCCUUAUUUCUUUGAAGAGGAAGAAGGUGAUUCUCUAGAGCAGUUGAUUCCUUCAUUUUUAUUCGAAGAAGCAAAGGAAGAUUCACCCGCUGAUGUAGUCAAACCACUAAUUAAUACUAUUUGGAUCAAACUACUUCUUGUUUGAUUUAAUGACCAACUACAAGGGUUAUUCUUUUCAUGAGCUGGUUAACAGGCUUGGUUACCAAUCAAAUUGGUUGUUUAGUAUGUCAACUAUGGGAAAGGUUCAUUACAAAUGGUUUGUCGAUGUAUGCCUUUCCCUUGUUUUCGAUUCAAGCCAUAGUGUGUUUGAUCGUGGCAAGGAGAUCGGCCUUAUUGUUAUGGAUGUCUUGUUUCACUACACUUGAUUCUAAGUUUGGGAAUCGAAUGAAAGUGUGGAUUAAGGACCUUGUUGUGUUGGCUACACAUGGUGAUAAUGGUGAGUACAAUAAAUUACUUGCCCAAAUGUCGCGAAGUAAAACUUUUCCCAACGGUUUGUUGAUACUUGUGUGGAUGCGAAUUGGUAUAAUUCAUAUUCUUUAUAAAUGCUUAAGUGGUUGUGAAGGCGUGAAGUUCAAAAUGCUUGCUCAAAGUCCUGAGAUGUGUGGAGCGGAAACUUUUCUCCUGCAGCUAAAGUGCGCGUUGCUUGCUGGAAUUGUUGUUUAUACUUCUAUGUUGCUGCUAACACCCUUCAGAAGUUGCUUUAGCUUAUUUAUACUUUUUCAAAUGAUUGAUAACAGGGGUACGACGAGUUACCAAGUAGUAAUUCUCAUUAAGUCUACUCACUGGAUAUAUGAUAGAGGCAAGUUGUUCCCUGGUCAAGGGUAUUUUUCUUUUACAACCACUUAUGAAUGUUGUGUGAUUACAAUUACUUAUGGGGUUACUGUGUUUCUUGUGUCCAAAUGGAUCGUUGAAUACGGUUAUGAAUCUGUGUAUGAGAAUAUUUAUUUGUUGACUGCAAAUGGAGACAAUCGUACUGUUUGCGGACUGCCUGAUGAAGUGCCCGAGAGGAGAACAAAGAGAGAAACAUUUAUGUAUUGUUUUUGUUGUGACGUUUUUGAUUUCAGAACAAUCUCCGUAAAGCUACUUUCAUUCUGCACUUGAACUGUGUACUCUCGUGGGUUUUCUCAAGUGCAUUUUCAUGAUGCAGUUCAUCAAUUGUGCCAGCUAUGGCCUGGUGGUAAUGUUUGUUGGUAUCGAUUAUUUACCCGAUUGCUUCAGGUCUUGAGAUCAUAUGGUGACCUGGUGGAGUUUCAUGUUCUUCCUCAUAUAAUGAGUAUGACAAAUCUUCUAUGAAGUUAUGUCUGGUCUUUCAGCUUGGGUUUAAUUUUGCACUCUCCAUCACAUGCACUUGGGGUCUAUGGAUUUCUUGCUUUUCUGGAAGAAGCUGAAAUGAUUGUAACUGUAUUGUUGUUGGUUGGAUACCUGAGAUGAAAAUCCAGAUUGGUUACCACUGCCUUAUGGAGGAUAGGUAAUGGUACUAGUCCUACGAGUUGUAGUUGGUUAGUGUUUGACAGAGGAAAAGCUCAGUUUACUGAGAAGGCACCUGAUUUGUUUCCGCUGAUAAAGGACUAUCACUGGACAAAUUUCAUCUCGGAGUUCAGGCAACUUCAAAAAAGGGUAAUAAGCAGGACUUGGCAGAGGAUUGUUGAGCUUGAUAUAGUAUUGCAGGCCUUAUAGGAACAUUAGCUAGCAUUGUGGCUAUUGGUCCAUUGUGUAACUACUACUUUUGCGGCUUCAACACUGUCAAAAGGAGUUUCCAAUUGACACGGCGCUAUACCUUGUCCUCCAUUGCAUUUUUCGGAGAUGCAACCACGUCUGGAUACCAUGUUGUACCGACAGAAGAGGGACUUGGCAGCUAGGUUCUCAUCCUCGAGGACAAGGAUGUUUCCAAGGAGUGAGGAAUGCCAUUAACCGACAUGAUGAGAAGAGGGUGUCCCUUAUCACAUUCAGUGUCAAUACUUAGUAUUAGGCUUAUUAGUAGUAAUUAGCUUAUUAGUGGGUGUCAAUUGUAAGGGUGUGGGCUGAUGUAACUACCUAAAGGUUGUGUAUCCGUUGGAUGCUAGGGUAGGGGGUGAGGAUUAUUUAAUCUAUUGAACCUGUAAUGAAACUUUUAACAGAAUUAUUAGUCAGCGUAAAUCGUUUAUUUGAUUUA